GCUUUAACAGAUUUAAAGUAAUGGGUUUCUUGCUAGGGAUGCAAACUGACUUGGGUUCGUUUCAGAAAGCGAAAUUUUUCCUGUAAGUUUUUUAAUUAGUUGGAACUUUGAGAUUAUGGGUAGAGGCAGAGGAAAGGGAAAGAAAUUGACUGUUAACAAUCACGAUGAUACUGGCAGUGGUGAAGAAGAAAAGAUUCCUGCUCAGAAGAGGAGGGGAAGACCACAAAAACCGUUAAAAGAUGAAAUUGAUGAAGAAGAGCCUGAGAAAAUAGAAGAGGAUGAUGGUGAUAAUGGGAAAACUGGUAUCAAUGGGAAAGAGAUAAAAAGUCCACCUACAGCUGAGAAUGGGAAAAAGAGGAAACGUAAUUCUCAGGUAAAGGAGAAGGCUGAUUCAGUCAAAGAGGAAAAUAGUAUUGGAACCAGAUCAAGCACUGAUGACUCAGCAAAGUCUAAUGGAUUUCGGCAGAAUGGAAGCAGGAGGAAAAACACACCCCGGCGAGCUGCUGAAGCAGUUGUUGAAUGCAAAUAAGCUCAUUGUUACUAUAGGUCUCUUCUUUUCACCUUGUCCAAUACCAGUCAAGAUUGGAAGUGAGGCCUAGUAACUCUCUAGUUUAUAUUGCCUUUUUCAUAAUUGUUUUUUUUUUUGGUAAUUCACUAUCAUUGAUUCCAUUUUCACUUUACUUGGAGUUUUGCUACUUAUUUUACUGGUUGUAAUUUUUGACAACUCUUAUCUAUUCUAUGUCAUCAUUGGUUCCUUGUAAUAUAUAAUCUGCAUUACA